AUGGCCAGAUCCCCAGUCACGGUUGCGCUAUCCGUCGCGCUGCUGGCUACAUCUUUAGGAUACCUAUAUAAUACCUACUCUCCGGUUGUACGACGUCUCAUCACAGUGAUCGGGGUUUACAGGUACCCAUCUGCUUUCAAGGCAACGAGCGCUGGAGAUUUGGUCAUCAUUGACAACACGAUCCACUGCGAGGACAUCCAUUAUUAUGAGCCGACACACGAGCUAUACACUGCCUGCGAGGACUCUCACGCCACUAGGUUCUCAUGGUUUCCCCCACUAGCCGAGUUCAAUGCCUCGGUGCUUGGGCAGGCCCGCGCGAGUUUGUUCACCAUCAACCCCGAUACCAAAAAGGCACAGAAGCUGGAGCUGGAGAACUUCCGGGGACCGCUUGUCACACAUGGGAUCGACGUGAUCGGGGACCCGAAGGCUGGCGAGGAGAAGGCCGUCUACAUUUUCGCGGUCAACCAUCUUCCGGAUCCGGAGUACUUUGACGAAUCGUACCGGCAGAGAGCAAAGCCCGCCAAGGGCCAGCCCAAGGCACGAUCGCAGAUUGAGAUAUUUCGUCACGAGAUAGGCUCGCCCACCGCCCAGCACCUUCGAUCUGUCCGCCACUCACUGAUCAAGACCCCAAACGACAUCUUGGCCCUGGGCCCCACUCAUUUCCUUGUCACCAAUGACCACCACUACCGAGAAGGCUUCAUGCGAGAGAUUGAGGAGAUCUACCCGGGGGCGACGUGGACUGAAACCGUCGACAUCGAGCUGACUGACAUGCUCGCAGUCGACCCCGAAGCUGGGGUCACGGCUGCCAUCGCCUUGGACAGCAUCCACAACAACAACGGCCUUGGCCAUGGCCGGACCGAUGCCGAAUUGCUCGUAGCCAGUGCUAUAGGAGGGACACUGCACUUGGUCGAGCCAGCCGAUACCAAGUCCGGCCACACUUACCGUAUCGUGGAUGAAGUAUUCCUAGAUUCCACGAUCGACAACCCAAGCUACUUCAAUGACCCAUACGCUAGCAGCUCCUACGAUGCAAGCGGGUUCGUCUUGGCUGGAUUGGCAAGGGGUGUCGACCUCGCCCAGACACAUACUGAUCCGGCUGCAAAGGAUCCAGUCCUGGUUUGGUAUGUUAGGAAGGUGGGCGAUAAGUGGGAGAAACGUCUCAUAUUCGAGGACGAUGGCACGACGGUUCGGACUGCAAGCGCCGCUGUUCUGGUCGCGAUCGACCCAGCCAAGGAGGGCGGGAAGAGACGGGCAUGGUUGUUCGUGACAGGAUUCCUUUCCGCGAACGCUGUUGCUAUCAAGAUAGACUUGUGA